AUGGGCGACGGCGCCACGGUGACGCAGAAAGCGUCGACGGCGCCGUCGACUGAGAGACAGGCGCAGCACCUCGAUGCCCCUAUGAGCACUCCAACGUCCCGCUGGCGACGGGACAGAUACCCAGUGGCCCUCUCGUUCAACGUCGCUGCCUUCCUGCUUCCGGCCCUAUAUAGCACCCUGGCCAAGCUUUGGGUUGCUAGGAUUGACUCCAGCAUGGUCGUCACGAUAGACGUCUACACGUAUAUGGCCACCAUCGCCGAGGUCAUCAACGAGGGUCUCCCGCGCGUUUCGUGGACCACCAUUGGUGACAAGUACUCACGCAAACGCAGCUUCUCGGUGCUUAGCGGUGCCAUCGAGGCCGCCGUUGGCGCUGCGACGAGGGCUCUCGACGAGCCCGACGUUGCCCUUGUCUUAAGCUGUAUCAAGUUUGCCGUAGCCGUAAAUAUUGUCCUCGAUUUGCUGCUGAUCUCAACCUUUAGGGUUGGGAGUUUUAGGCCGACGGUAAAUCUACAGGCGGGCAUCCAUCUGGCCUGUAAUCUCGCGGCUGCUUUCGGCGGCCUCGCUUACUUUUUGUUCAAGAACUCUGUCCGGAAAGGGGGGAGGGAGCGGGUGGCCCCCGGUCUCUGGGCCCUUAAGAUCCUUCUUCGCCCGGCCAUUCCAACCUUUGUCGAGUCGGCCAUCCGAAACACCUUUUAUCUAUGGCUCGUCACCACCAUUAUCUCUAUGGGGACCGUCUACGCCACGGCCUGGGGCGUCUUUAACACCAUUCGCUGGGGCUUCGUCAUGGUCCCCGUGUCUGCCUUGGAAGCCACGACCCUGACCUUUGUGGGACACAACUGGAGCCGCUGGCGGAGCGAUAUUGGCAUUGCCACGCUCCGGCCCCGGCCGAGUCUGGCGUCCUUAGUGCCACUUUGCAUCUCUAUGUACUUUGUGGGCGCACGCUCCUUCGCACGAUAUCUAAGCGGCAGCGAUGAAGUGGCUGAAGUGACCGCACGUAUGUGGAGGACGUUGGACUGGUGCUACAUCGUGUACGCCGUGUCAACGCAAAUGAGCGCCAUCUUGCUUGCAACACGGCCCAAGUGGUAUCUAUGGCAGAGCUUGGCUAGCACGCUUUUAUACGUCCUGCCCUGGACCAUCGUCUGCCAGGUCGCCAAGCUAGACCGGAACAACGCAUGGACGUACCACGCGCUGACGUUUGGAGGGAGUCUGGUGUUUAGCUUUGUCUGCAUAAUGGCUGUCCUAGGACUGUGGGCGUGGACUCUGAGGACGGGGAGGGCGCACUUGGAACAGGUCAGAGACCCGUCCGACGGUGCUUAA